AUGGCAAACUUCGGAGCCGUUACUCUCUUCCCGUACCUGCUUCCCAAGACAACAAAGGGAGACGACAUCCUUACCGAUGUCUCUUAUCUUCAAGGCGAUUUACCAGAUUCCUCAGGCCCUUCUGGUCCGUCUAGUGAUGUCAACCUGGAUAACACGACCUGUAUCGUUGGCAUGGCAUGUCAUCUCCCUGGAGGAGUUACGUCACCAUCGGGGCUAUGGGACUACUUGUACAACAAGAAGUCUGCCCAAUGCAAGGUUCCCCUGCAGCGCUACAAUAUUGAAGGCUUCUAUGGAAAGGACAACACAAGAGCAGGUAUGAUGAAUGUGGAUGGUGGAUAUUUCUUACAUGAGGAUGUUCGCGAGUUUGACCCCUCGUUCUUCGGUAUCAACAACCUGGAGGCAUCUUACAUGGACCCUCAGCAGCGAAAACUACUCGAAAUAGUCUAUGAGUGCUUGGAAGAUGCAGGAGAGACUAUGGAAGAUGUUGCCGGCUCUAACACGGCCGUUUACGUUGGGAACUUUACCGUGGACUACAACAUAAUGCAGUCUAAGGACAGUGACUAUGUUCACCGUCUAGCUGCUACUGGUAGCGGAACAUCUAUCAUGUCCAACCGCAUUAGCCACGUAUUCGACUUGCACGGCCCAAGCUUUACUCUUGACACUGCCUGCUCGUCUACGAUCUACGCUCUCCACCAAGCUGUGACUGCGAUAAAGAAUGGUGACUGCGACGCGGCUAUCGUUGCAGGUGCCAAUCUCAUCACUUCUCCUGAGCAGCACUUUGGAACCGCCAAGGGCGGAUUUCUUUCGCCCACAUCGGCUUGCCAUACAUUCGAUAUCUCUGCGGACGGGUAUGCUCGUGCGGAGGCGCUCAACGCCAUUUAUAUCAAGAGACUGUCCUCGGCUCUUAAGAAUGAGCAUAAAAUUCAUGCUGUCAUUCGGGGGACUGCUAUCAACUCAAAUGGUAGAACUUCUGGUAUCACCCUACCAGAUGCUAAGAUGCAGGAGGCUGUGAUUAGGAAGGCAUAUCAAAACGCGAAUCUCUCGUUCGCUGACACCGACUACGUCGAAUGUCAUGGCACCGGUACCCCGGUUGGUGACCCUAUCGAGGUUGACGGUGUUGCCGCCUGCUUCGCAAAUCGUGCCGGUGAGCCGUUGAGGAUUGGUUCUGUCAAGACCAAUAUGGGCCACGGUGAGGCUGCUAGCGGUUUGACCUCCGUGAUCAAAGUUGCUCUUGCUUUCGAAAACGGUAUAAUUCCACCUACCUAUGGUGUCAAGGAGUUCAACCCUAAAUUGAAGCUCAAAGAGCGAAACAUGAAAGUUGUGUGCGACAAUGAGCCCUGGCCAAGAUCCCUGCAACGUGCCAGCGUUAACUCAUUUGGUUAUGGUGGUGCAAAUGGUCAUGUAAUUCUAGAGUCUAUCCAAAGCUACUUGAACGAUGCGUUAGCUUCUCCAACUCUUGCCGCGAUUGUGACCAACGAAGAGGUAAAGGAUGAGUUGCUAAUCCUUCCAUUUUCUGCCUCAUCGGUCAAAUCACUGGAAUCUCGCCGGGAACAAGUUCGCGAACUUGUCCGGGGCACUCAGGAUGCAAAGACGCUCGCUGCGAUAGCUGCAGCUUUGAACAAAAAACAAGCACGGUUGCGACUUCGUGACUACGUUCUUGCAUCUGCCGGACCUGCCCCAGCCUUGGUCGAGAUGGCUGAGGUUGGUGACAAGGCUACACCUGGUAGCAAUCCGCUCCCCUUGGCCUUUGUAUUUACAGGUCAGGGCGCACAGUAUGCUAAUAUGGGCAAGGGACUUCUUGAAAAAGACGCAGGUUUUAGAAAGACCAUUCGAGAGCUCGACAUUGUGUUAGCUUCUUUACCUGCUGGGCAAAAACCAGAUUGGACUUUAGAGCAGACUCUUCUUGACGACCCUGCUGCUAGCAAGAUUAACGAUGUUACCCGCAGUCAGCCCAUAUGUACUGCUGUCCAAAUUGCGCUGGUUGAUCUUUUACGCAGCUGGGGGGUAUGCCCAUCUGCCGUAAUUGGUCACUCCUCAGGCGAGAUUGCCGCCUCCUACAGUGCAGGCCUUCUUAGUUCUUCUCAAGCAAUGCUGGCUGCCUACUUUAGAGGCUUUGCUGUGGGCCAGUUGCAAUCUCGCGGCACGAUGAUGGCUGCUGGCAUCACACCCGAUGCUGCCAAUACUAUGAUUCAAGAACUCGGAUUGAAGGAAGUGCGGGUCGCUUGUGUUAACUCCCCUGAAAGUAUUACUUUGAGUGGUGCAUCUCAUGAUAUAGAUGUUCUUCUGGUUGAGCUACAGAGUCAGAGCAAGUUUGCACGCAAGCUUGAAACUGGUAAUCGCGCUUACCACUCCCAUAUGAUGGCCGAGAUUGGCGACUUGUAUGAGUCACUGGUUGCUCCUCACUUCUCUGAAAUGCCCAGUGCAACUGCAUCAUAUGCCAAAAUGUUCUCUACCGUUGGUGGCUUUUCUGAAGUGCAUGAAGUUGUCGAACCUGGAACCAGAAUGGCAUCUUACUUCCGCCAGAACCUUGAACAGCCUGUUCAAUUCAGCAGUAGCUUGUUCAAAAUGAUCACUGCCAACAAGUAUCAUUUGGUGGAGCUUGGUCCCCACUCUGCUCUCAAGGGUCCUAUUCAGCAGAUUCGAACCGCCGCAAAACGCGACAAGGAAGCCGUGCCAUACUCCCCGACGCUAGUUAGAAAAGAAAACUCAUAUGUAUGCCUGAAGAAGCUUGCAGGAACUCUGUAUAGCUAUGGCCAUAAGUUGAAUUUCGAGAUAGUAAACAAUCUGCCGAGAUCAGUUGGAAGCCUAUUUAACCCCAGCCUCCCGACCUAUCCCUGGGAUUAUUCAAAGGGACUCCUGUGGCAUGAACCGCGCGGUAGCAUUGAGUAUCGUCUUCGAAAGUAUCCUCGUCACGAGCUCCUAGGCUCAAGGGUCAUGGCUGGUAACGAAAUUGAGUUCUGCUGGCGCAACAUUCCGAAGAUGUCAGAGCUAGCAUGGGUUCGUGACCACGUGCUGGGGGAGUCGCAGGUCGUCCUUCCCGGAGCUGCGUACAUGGCUAUUGCUAUCGAGGCACUCUCACAGGCUCUAGACUUCAAAUACGAGCUUGUGAAGGGUGAAGCGUACUGUUUUGAAUUCCAAAAUGUCAACAUUAGUGCCGCCUUUGUUGUGCCCGACGAGAAGGAUCCCAAUGCUGAAAAGACGGAGCUGCAUACGGUCAUGAAUGCUCGAAAGAUCUCCACCGCCAACAAAUCAGAGAAGUGGUAUGACUUCUCAAUUUCUUCCUGGGUUUCUGGAGUUGUCACCCUACAUUGUAUGGGAAGCAUCCGUGUCGUUAAGUCAGUCAUGGGACCAAAUGAUGGCACCGUUGAAAUAACCCCAAAAGGAUAUGAAAAGUGGCCAAUGGGACGCUGGUACACCAAGGCCAAAGAAGAGGGUCUCAGCUUCGGGCCGCACUUUCAAUCUUUGACCGGGCUAUAUACAGAUGGCAAUCGGACCUCUACGGAUUCUAUCGGUCUUACUGUUUUGGAUCCUCCAUCGGCAGCCUCUACUGACAUCUUUUAUGCUAUACACCCCAUAACCAUUGACGCCUGCUUCCAAGCUGCCAUAUUCGGCGGGACAGCUGGUAAUGUCAGUACGUUGCGAGCUUUCGUCCCAACAUUUCUGACCAACUGCCAUAUUCAGCUUCCCAAGGGCGGUGCUGCAGCCUUUGGUAGCAAAGAGGUAAAGAUACACUGCCGCAUGGAACGAACAGGCUUUUCUAGCCGUGCGGUUUCUUUCACACUUCGUUCGCCCGAUGGCACCCCUGUCAUCGACAUGCCACAUAUGCGUAUGAAUGCUUACAGCGGAAAACCCCCAGUGGCACCAGAAACUAGCAUCUAUCUCCAGCGUCAACCCUGUCUUCGUAUCAAAUGGAAGCCCGAUGUUCUGCGCCUCCGACCAGGUUCCGAGGCUGCUCUGAACGAGUACAUUACCAAUUUUGCGUCCAACCAGUCAGAAGACAUGAAGGAUAAUGGAACACUAGUCGUUUUUGCAGCAAUUUUAGACCUUCUAGGUCAUAAAUUUCCUCGCAUGAAUGUCUUAGAGCUUGGCCAAGAGCGUCAGUGGUCGGCUAAGGAUACCCUGUCCAUUCUUGGGAAAGACACGGCCUUCCCUCGUUGCAAGUCAUGGACUGAUGGUACAGUGAGCGAAAAUGGGAAAAUCACUAUCGAGGAUUCCAAAUGCUCGGAAGGGUUUGAUAUCCUUCUUGUUCCGCACCACUCUACGUCCAGAAAACUCUGGGUUAACGGACCGGACGAACUCAGUAUGCUAGUCUCCGACAACGCUGUCAUCGUUACACGGAAAAGCGAAAAAGCUAUUCUUCAAAUGAAGGAAGCUGGCUUUACCACCGUGGAACUCCCCAAUGAUUCUCUCCUGGGCAUUCGCGGUCCUAAAGAAACAGGAGUGGAGGGUAAAUCUGUGGUUUUUGUCAAGCCAAAUAAUUCUUCAUCCGUCAUUGACUCUCUAGAAGACUCCAUAGCAGCGAAUUUGUACAGUAUGGGUGCCAGUCAGCUGAAAAGCAUUUCCCUCGGCGAUAUUGGAGAGGUUGAGUUCAACGAGCAAGUUGUAGUCGUGUCUCUGCUUGAACUGGAGCACGAGUUCCUAGCCACUGUUAGCAGUGAUGACAUGGACCGCUUCCGCAAGAUUACUGACAAUGUGACAAAGCUAUUGUGGCUCACUGGAGCUAACAUGCUUUCUGCCCCUAACCCAGACCUCACCCUGGCUAGUGGCCUCUCACGAGCUCUCAUGCUUGAGCAGCCCGCUCUGCGGUACAUUAUCCUGGAUAUUGGAGCCGAUAUCACCAAUCCAGAACUAGUGACUGCGAUCUGUGAUAAUGUAUCGGCCGCCUUGACCUUCCGGUAUGCGACUGAUGACAGUGAAUUCAUUCAGAAAGGCGGUAUGCUGUACACGAGUCGCUUCAUCCCUGAUGUGGAGCUAAAUUCCUUAUUCCGGCAACGUAUGGGCACCGAGGACAUGAAGUCAAUCCCUUUCAAAGACCUUGGCCUCGCAAAGUUGUCUGUCGGACAGGUUGGAAUGACAGAUACUAUCCACUUCCAGCAAAUUUCCGAGCGACAAAGCUCACCUCCGGCUGGCUUUGUGGACGUCGAUCUUCGGUCCGUUGGCCUCAAUGCUAAAGAUGUCUAUGCAAUCAACGGCCGCGCUGACACUAGGGACUGUACCCUCGCCCUGGACUUUGGUGGUGUCAUCAAGGCUACUGGGCCAGACGUCUCUCACUUAAAGAAGGGGGACCGUGUUGUUGUUUUCGUUCCAAACCACUUUAAGACUACAGAGCGUGUCAGAGUCGAAACCGUACACAAGCUACUCCCCGAUGAGGACAUCAAUGUUUUGCCUACCUUACUGGUUGUUAACGUCACUGCACUCGUUUGCCUCAGAGACCGUGCACAUCUUCGUCCCGGUGAGUCUGUACUUAUUCACUCGGGAGCCGGUGCAUUUGGUCUCGCGGCCAUCAACCUUGCUAAGCUUAUGGGCGCUACCGUCUAUACCACCGUCGGAUCGCAAUCAAAACGUGAUUAUCUUACGUGGGAAAUGGGAAUUCCUGCUGAAAACAUCUUCAACUCCCGUGAUGAUUCCUUCGUGGAUGGCAUCAUGAAAGCUACGGGUGGUAAAGGCAUCAAUGUCAUUAUCAAUUCUCUCGUUGGAGACUUAAUGCAUGCUUCUUGGGCCUGUAUCGCUCCGUUUGGUCGAUUUGUUGAAAUUGGAAAGCGUGAGCUUAUUGAUGCAGGAAGCCUUGACAUGCACAAGUUCCUACAGGGCUCUACCUUCAGUGCGUUUGACUUGUCUGAAUUCUUCUAUGCAGAUGACCCUUACUACCAGCGGGUCGUAUAUGAUUACACGACUGAAGUGAUUGAGAUGUAUCGUGCUGGCAAGAUCAAGGCCUCACCCGUUGCAACUUUCGAUGUCUCGGAGAUUGGGCAGGCUUACCGUUACUUCAAUAACAAGGACCGUGUUGGCAAAGUAGUUAUUUCGAUGGCAAAUCCCGACAGUAAAGUCCCCGUUGCUCCGCCGACCUAUCAGUCCGUCUUCUCUCCCGAGAAGACUUAUCUGCUUGUCGGUUGCCUUGGUGGCCUUGGUCGUAGUCUCAGUCGUUGGAUGAUGACUCGCGGUGCCCGAAAGUUUUGCUUCCUUGGACGUUCUGGAAUCGACAAGCCAAGUGCUGCGGAGCUUGUCAAUCGUCUCCGAGAUGCAGGUGCACAUGUAACAGUCGUUCGUGGUGACGUUUCCAAUGAGGAUCAAGUCAAAGAAGCGGUUGCCGCUUGUGUCAAAGAAGGCCCGAUCGGAGGUGUCGUACAGGCUGCUAUGGGUCUUAGUGAAGCCCUAUUUACGGUUAUGUCUAAUAAAGCCUGGCACACGGGAAUUCAACCCAAGUGGAAAGGGUCGUGGAAUUUACACAACGCCUUAGAAGGUCAUGACCAAGCCCUCGACUUUUUCCUCUUGACAUCUUCCAUCUCUGGAAGCUGUGGCACUGCCACAGAGAGCAACUAUUGCUCUGCCAACGGUUUCCUGGAUGGGUUUGCCCGGUGGCGCCGCUCUCGAGGCAAACCUGCUGUUUCAGUCGGUCUGGGCAUGAUUUCUGAAGUCGGCUAUCUCCAUGAGAAUCCUGAGAUUGAGGCAAUGCUACUCCGUAAGGGUAUUCAACCACUCAAUGAAGAAGAAUUCCUUCAGGUGCUUGAUUAUGGUAUUUCUGGUCCCGGCGGUGACGCCGAGUUUGCCAGUGGAAAACGUAUGGGCAGCGAACUUGCCCAUAUUCUUACAGGUCUCGAGUCUUAUGGUGUUCGCAAGUUGAUGGCUCAGGGCUUCGAGGUGAACAAUGGCGUGAUGGACGAGUCUCGUACAUCCAUCUUAGCCGCAUCUCUGCUAGCCGAAAAAGAUGAAAAGGCAGAAGAACAAGGUGGCAAUAGUGGUUCUAUCGAGGCUGCUGCUGAGUGGUAUACAGCAUUACCUGCGAGCGCUGCGCAAAUUUUCACAUCCGAAGCCAGCUUGCCCACAAUGUUGGAUGCUAUUUUGCGCCUGACCAAAAAACGAUUUAGCAACCUAAUCUUGAUGCAGCUUGAUGCUGUUGAUGAACGUGCACCACUCCCAUCUUUCGGUGUUGACAGUAUGCUCGCUGCUGAAUUUCGAACUUGGUUUUUCAAUACGUUCAAGGUUGAUAUUCCUUUCCUCGACAUUAUUAGCUCACAGAAAUGUCUUUACAAUCUUGCAGAGUUUGUCGAUGAGAAGUUGGUUGCAAGCUUGGCAAAUUAG